AAACCUACUUUGUUCGGCCCAAAAGCACAGAGCCAUCUCCAGAACCCGGUCACCAGACAACCGAGAAAGCGGAAAAUGGUUCAGAGGCUCACAUACAGGAAACGGCACAGCUAUGCCACUAAAUCUAACCAACAUCGGAUCGUCAAAACCCCCGGAGGGAAGCUAGUGUACCAGAGCACUAAAAAGAGGGCUAGUGGCCCUAAAUGCCCUGUUACUGGCAAGAGAAUCCAAGGGAUACCUCACUUGAGACCUGCUGAGUACAAGAGGUCUAGAUUGUCCAGAAAUCGAAGGACUGUGAACCGUGCAUAUGGUGGAGUGUUGUCUGGUGGUGCUGUAAGGGAAAGGAUUAUUAGAGCUUUCUUGGUGGAAGAGCAAAAAAUUGUGAAGAAGGUUUUGAAGAUACAGAAGGCCAAGGAAAAGCUGGCUACUAAGAGCUGAGGGCUGAGAUAAUUUUGUUUCUUUUGGAUACGGACUAGUCGAGGAAUUAAUGAAAUUUACUUUCUGAUUUUCGAGCUAGAUAUCUUUAUUUUCAUGGAAUUCUUUGGGAUGUGGCUUUUUGUUUUCCGUGUUCUGUCCUGGGAGUUUUGGUUCUCCAGCAAUUUUUGACAAAUUUGAAAUUCAAUUUGGAUUUGCAUUGAUACAA